UGUUGUUGGUUGUCUGUUUAGUGUUUAUCGACGACUGCAUAUAGACUUUUGUUAAUCUGUUCGAAUCGUUCAUAGCAGCACUAACUGGUAAAGAUGGCGAGAAUAACGCUAGCAAUACUGAUUUUGGGGUGCUGCACAUGCGCCGUGUGGUCGGUAAACGAUCGGUUGCGGGAAGUGUUUAGCUGGCGGCAAUUGGACUUUACGUUCCCAGACCAGAAGACAAGGCAGGCGGCCAUUGCCAGUGGCGAGUACGUGCAGGCGAACAACUUGCCACUGGGCCUGGAGGUGUGGCGGGACAAGUUGUUCAUCACCGUGCCCCGGUGGAAGGCCGGAGUGGCGUCUACGCUCAACUAUGUGUCCCUCGGAUCGGGUUCAAAUCAAAACCGUUCGCCACGGCUGGUGCCUUACCCGAACUACGCGAUGAACCGACUGCCGUCUUCCGGUCAACGGAUCACCGACCGGAUCAUCAACACGUACCGACUGAGCAUAGACGUGUGCGACCGCUUGUGGGUAAUCGACAUGGGAAUCGCGAACGGCACGAAGCUCGGCCAACCGCAACUGUUCGUCAUCGACCUGAACACCGACCGGGUCGUUCGACAGUAUGUCGUUACCGCGAACUUGUUGCGCGUGGACGGCAACUCCUGGUUCCCGGGCCUGGUGGCGGACGCGGAUUGGAAGUCGUGCGACCGCGCGUACGCUUAUUUGCCGGACAUUGGCGGCGGCCUGUUGGUGUACGACUACCGGCGCAACACAGCUAGACGGAUUGAACACCACUACUUCUACUUCGACCCGUUGGCCACCGUGUUCAACAUCGGCGGUGUCCGCAUCGAGUGGCCGGACGGUAUGUUCGGUGUGGGCCUGUCCGAACGCCAUCCGGACGGCUACCGGACGCUCUACUUCCAGGCCAUGUCCAGUACCAGGAUGUUCUCGGUGAACACGAGCGUCCUGCAGUCGAACAGGAGCCUCUCGGACACGUUCCAGGAGUACCGGCACCACGGCCAUCGAGCCGCCGGAAUGCAGGCCGGCCCCAUGUCCAUGGACCAGGUCACCGGAACCGUUUUCUACGCGCUCGUCAACCAGGACGCGAUAGGCUGCUGGAACCCGAGACGGCACGAACGGCUGUCCGGCGACACGUCGGCUGUGCUGGUGCAGGACUCCGAGACACUCGAGUUCCCGGCCGACAUCAAGGUGGACAUGGACUCCAACCUGUGGGUGCUCAGCGACAGGAUGCCCCGGUUCCGGUUCCAGGUGCUCAACUUUGACCUGAACGACGUCAAUUACCGUGUGUUUAGGGCGCCCGUCGCCGACGUCGUCCGUGACACGGUUUGUGAAUCGCAGUUGAACGGAAAUCGGCUGUUAUCCAGUUCCGAAAAUCAAUCGCGACCACGGCCCAUCACCUCCUCUAACAUGGGAUGGAACACGCCGAGUGACAAGAGAAGCGACUUUGAUUAGGGUUAAAUUAGCCAUAUAAUGGUGCACGCACGCGUGUACCAGUAUUUAAUGCACAUUUUAUUAUUUAUUAUUAUUUAUAUUACUUGACGAAAUAAUGUUUUAAGUGUCAUCGGGACUGACCAAUGAUGGAUUUUGUGAUUUUAUUUUUAUAAUUGUUUACCGUUUAGCAUGUUUACCUGUUUACAAUGCUUUAAAACUGUGAACUCUUUUUUAGUUCUAGUUAAAUAUUAUAUUUAAUGUUGUGAUCAAUGCGUCAUGGAAAAUAAAUUAAACGCAGUAAUUUUAUUAACAUGAAACGGGGUUACGUUGUGUUAUGAAAGUAGAUAGUAAAUCAAUGGUAAAUUAAUGUUAUUAUUUAUAGUCUCUGGGCGCAAAUAUAAAAUAUGUAAGCUUGAAAAUUAAAACAAACAACAAAACAGACUACCCACGUACUAUAAACUCUAUUGUACUGAUAC